CUUGGAUGAAUGUUACUGGAGAAAAAAUUGUGCUGCAUGGAAAUGUUACGUUAUUUAAAACAAAAAAAAAAUUUUUUAGCAAGAUACAACUAAUAAAUUCAACAUAUUUCAUUUUAAGAUAGAAGGACCUUAAGCUCACAGUGGUACAUUUUGCAGAAGCUCAGAAACUUACAUGAACAGAACAUUCAUAGAAUAUUUGGUGGGUUACUGGAUGGAGGCUCACAUUUGAAAUAAAUCCACUACUAGAUAAAACAGACUAAAACCUUCUGGAGUACCACCAAGAAGAAAAUAAAGAAAUAGAGAGGCAGGAUGGAUGGACAGGUACAACCAGGCCUACAACACAAAAUGAGGAAAUGAAAUGUACUCAGAAGAAGAAGAAGCUGUCAUUUAUGGUAAAGUCUAAACGUAUAAAAUGGAGGAAAUAUCAAAGGCUAUUUUGGAGCCCCUAGAGGUGAAAUAUACAUGUGAAGAAGGACCCUCAGAAGACAGAGGUAAAGUCAAGGAAAGAAGCAAUGUAGUACUACACAGGAGCCGGGUCUUCACGAACACUAUAGAGAAAAGAGGUGUAGCCAUUAAGGAAGAGGACUGUGAACUGGAGUGCAUCCAUUUCAUGAAAAAGGCUGAGCAGAAAUCUGACCAGUCUGACAUACACAAGCAGGGAAUUACAAACCGAGUCAAGCAAGAAAACUUUAAAUCAGAAGCUGUUUCUCUAGAAGAACAAGAAGAAGAAGAAGAGGAAGAAAUAGUCACCGGGCCAGGCUCCACAUUGAGUGGGCCCUUCUCCCUACAGGAUCACUCUCUCCAGGUGAAGUCGGAAUCAUUGGAUUCAGACUUGAAGAGGACUGAGAAAGCAUCAUCUCCCACUAAAAAUGGUGUUUAUAAGAAAAGUAGUGUUCCCUCAGCUAUGUUUGCACAGUCCUCUCUUCAUCGCAAGCUACAGCAAAAAUGCAGAAGUGGAAACACAAAGCUGUCAACAUCAGAACUACAGGUUCUGACACUAACCUGUUUGCAGAAUAACACUCUGCCUGUUGUGAAACUAACAAGAUUCGAUGCCAUCAACAUUAAGCAACUGGUACAUAAUACAAAUGCAACAACUUCCAAUGUUUGUGGGGAACAGAGAAAAACUUUAAAUGGCAAAUCUAAACCUAAAGAGCACCGGCCGAUUCCACGAUAUGGCUGCUCUGAAUGUGACAAGCGAUACUCUUCUACCAGCAAUCUUCAGAAGCACAUAAGAAGUCAUACUGGGGAGCGGCCAUUCUGCUGCACCCUGUGUGACAAACGAUUCACUUGUAAGAGCAGUCUUCAAGGUCACAUAAUAACUCACACCGGCGAGAGGCCAUACAGCUGUUCUGAAUGUGGCAAACGAUUCCCUGACAAGAGCCGCCUUCAGAAACACACAAGAAUUCACACUGGAGAGAAGCCGUAUUCCUGUUCUGAAUGUGGUAAACGAUUUACUGAGAAGAGCAGUCUUAAGAAACACUUACGCACCCACACUGGGGAGAAACCUUAUUGCUGUCCUAUUUGUGGCAAACGAUUUACUGACAGUAGCUGUCUUCUAAAACACAAAAGAAUUCACACGGGAGAGAAGCCAUAUUCCUGUGAUGAAUGUGGCACUCGAUUUACUGCGGGGAGCAGUCUAAAGAAACAUGCAAGGAUUCACACUGGAGAGAAGCCGUUUAGCUGCUCCGAAUGUGAAAGACGCUUCUUUGACAGCAGGAGUCUCGAGCAACACUCCAGAGUUCACACCGGAGACAAGCCAUACUCCUGUUCCUUAUGCAGCAAGCGAUUUUGUGAUAGUGGCACUCUUAAGAAACACUACCAAAUUCAUGCUGGAGUAAAAUUAUAUUGCUGCAAUGAGUGUGGAAAACGAUUCUCCCGCAGCAGUGGACUGCAGACACACACCAGAAUUCAUACCGGAGAGAAGCCAUAUUCCUGCUUUGAAUGCGGCAAAAAUUUUAUCGAUAAGAGCAGUCUUCAGACCCAUUUAAGAAUUCACACCGGAGAGAAGCCCUUCCCCUGUCCUGAAUGUGAUAAGCGAUUCUCAGAUAGCAGCAGCCUCCAGAGACACAGACGAAUUCAUACUGGAGUGAAACCUUACUGCUGUAACGAAUGUGGCAAACGAUUCUUACAGAAAGAUCAUCUUCUGAAGCACACGCUGACUCACACAGGGGUGAAGCCAUACUGCUGUUCUGACUGUGGCAAACGCUAUUUUCGUAAGAGCCAUCUUCAGAGGCACAUGGUAAUACACAGUAUUUAAUCAAAAGCAUGGCACUGCAGUACAAAACAAAGCUUGGAUUCUUGGGUGAAUGUUAUUGGAGGAAAAUUAAUUGUGCUGCAUGGAAAUGUUAGAUUAUUUAAAAAAAAAAAGCCUUUAGCAAAGAUAUAACUAAUAAAGACAAACUAUUUCAUUUUAAGACAUAAGGACCUGAAGUUGUCUAUGGUAUAUUUUGCCUACAGAAACCUGACACGGACAGAACAAAUUGCUCAGGAACAAACAAAAACCACUUCAUGGUGGGUUACUGGAUGGAAACUCCGAUUUGAAAUAAAUCCACUGCCAGAUCAAACAGAAACUGAAACCUUCAGGAGUACCACGUGCAAAGACCUCCAGGAACAAAAGAAAGAAAUAAGGUGGCAGGGCGAUUGGGCAACUACAGCCACGCAUACACCACACACAAAUGAAAUGAAGAAAUGGAGUGGAUGGAGCUAAUAGCCAAAGAAAUAAACUUCUUUAUUUAGCAGAGGCUAACCCCAGAUAAUUCAUUCUACUUGUGGCUUAAACACCAGAAUAUGGUUGAGAUUAAAAAAUAUUUUAGUGAGUGUAGACAACCCAAUGGCUGACCAGGGAUGACAAGUUUCUACUUACAAAAUCAGAACAAAAAAUGCAAAACAUUUGACACCCCAUACAGUGAUCAAUGGAAAAUUAACAUCCACCAAAAAUGCAU